AUGAAGGAAAUUAUGGGUAUUACUGAUGUUCUUUGUCAAGCUUUACAGCAAAAAUCUCAUGACAUUUUGAAUGUUAUUCAUUUAGUUCCUGUUGCAAAAAAACUUAUCCAAAAGCUAAGAGAUGAUAAUUGGGAUAAAUUGCUUGACGAUGUUGUCUCUUUCUCCAAGAAAUUUGAAAUUGACAUCAUAGACUUAAGUGCCUGUUAUAUUGAAGGUCGAUGUCGUAAUCAACGAAAUCACAUUACAGUGGCGCAUCAUUAUCAUUUUGACAUAUUCAAUGCUACUAUAGACUUUCAAUUGCAAGAGCUCAAUUGUAGGUUUGGUGAAAGGGCGGUCAAACUUUUGACACUUAGCUCAGCUUUGGAUCCAAAGGACAGUUAUAAAUCCUUUAAAAUUGAUGAUAUAUGUAGUCUUGCAAAGAAUUAUGUCAAGAAUUGGCAGAGAUAG